AAAACCAAACCCUCACCCGCCCGCCAAUUCUCCCAAAUCCACCUUAUAAGCAGCGCCCAGAUCUCACCCCGUUUUCCCCCAAACUCCAAACCAUUUCCGCCGCCACCGCCUCCCCACUACCACCGCCCACAACACAAGCACGCGAAUCCUCCCCGGAAACGGACGAAUCAGCUCCGAUGGCCGCCAAGUCGGUGACGCCGGACGCCCUGGCCAUCAUCCUGGCGAACAGGUCGCCGGAAUCCCCCGAGGACGUGCCGGAGAUCGUCGUGCAGGUCGUUGACCUCAAGCCCCUCGGCUCCACCGGCACCCGCUUCACUUUCAUGGCUAGCGACGGGAAGGCAAAGAUGAAGGCCAUGCUGCCCACCAACUUCGCGUCGGAGGUCAAUUCCGGCAACCUCCAGAACCUCGGACUCGUCCGAAUCCUCCACUACACCUGCAACGAUAUCCCAAAGACGCUCAGCAAGUGCUUGAUUAUCACCAAGUGCGAGGUCGUGGCCCAGGCUCUCGACGCCGAGAUCAACAGCGAGGUCAAGAGCGAAGAGGAGCCCGUCGUUCUCGCGAAGCCGAAGGAGGAGCCCGUGGUUCUCACGAAGCGGACGGAGGAGGCCGAGAUUAUGCCCAGCCAAACUGGCGGAGGCCCAUCUGCGACUGUACAGAAGAGGCAGCACGUGAAGUCUGCGUCCCAGAUUAUCAGCGAGGAGCGCGGGAAUGCUGCUCCAGCGGCGCGCUUGGCAAUUACGAGAAGGGUGCAUCCAUUGAUCUCCCUGAAUCCCUACCAGGGUAACUGGGUUAUCAAGGUGCGGGUCACUAGCAAAGGGAAUCUGAGAACUUACAGGAACGCCCGUGGAGAAGGCCAUGUCUUCAACGUAGAGCUCACUGAUGAGGAUGGCACCCAGAUUCAGGCCACCAUGUUCAAUGAGGCUGCCAAGAAGUUCUACCCGAUGUUUGAGCUGGGGAAAGUCUAUUACAUCUCGAAAGGGUCGCUUAGAGUUGCCAAUAAGCAGUUCAAGACAGUUCAGAAUGACUAUGAGAUGACCCUGAAUGAGAAUGCUGUUGUUGAAGAAGCUGAGGGGGAAUCUUUCAUCCCACCGGUCCAAUACAACUUUGUCAAAAUCGACCAUCUAGGCCCAUAUGUUGGUGGCAGAGAGCUAGUAGAUAUCAUUGGUGUUGUUCAGAGUGUAUCACCUACUCUUAGCAUCAGAAGGAAGAUUGACAAUGAGACAAUUCCAAAGCGUGACAUUGUUGUUGCAGAUGACUCGAACAAAACUGUUACCGUUACUCUCUGGAAUGAUCUUGCCACCACUAUUGGUGAACAGCUCUUGGACAUGGUUGACAGUGCACCUGUCAUUGCGGUAAAGAGUCUGAAAGUAUCUGACUUUCAAGGUGUGUCUGUUUCUACUGUGGGCAAAAGCACACUUGUGAUUAAUCCAGAGUUGCCUGAGGCGGAUAAGCUUAGAACUUGGUAUGAAUCUGAAGGCAAGGGUACUUCCAUGGCAUCAGUUGGUGCAGAUAUGGGUGCUUCCAGAACUGGUGGCUCAAGAUCAAUGUAUUCUGACAGAGUUUUUCUGUCUCACAUUACAAGUGACCCUAAUUUGGGUCAGGACAAGCCUGUUUUCUUCAGCCUGAAUGCCUACAUAAGCCACAUCAAGCCUGAUCAGACCAUGUGGUACCGUGCUUGCAAGACCUGCAACAAGAAGGUGACUGAAGCAGUUGGAUCAGGUUACUGGUGCGAAGGAUGCCAAAAGAACUAUGAAGAGUGCAUGCUGAGAUACAUCAUGGCUAUCAAGGUCUCUGAUCCCACUGGUGAGGCCUGGCUUUCUCUCUUCAAUGACCAAGCAGAGCGGAUUGUUGGCUGCAGUGCAGAUGAGCUUGAUCGCAGCAGGAAAGAGGAGGGUGAUGACAGUUUCCUUCUAAGGCUGAAAGAAGCCACAUGGGUUCCCCACCUGUUCCGUGUCAGCGUCUCACAGAACGAGUACAUGGGUGAGAAGAGGCAGAGGAUCACUGUGAGGAGUGAGUCGCCUGUCGACUAUGCCGCCGAAGCAAGGUUCCUGUUGGAGGAGAUCGCCAAGCUCACCUCCAGCUAGAAGGAGAUGCAGAGAGUGUACCUGUGCUGCUUGAAGAGAUGGCCAAGCAUAGCUGCCUGCUAGAUGCUGCCCUGUUUUGGUUCAAAUUCCUUGGAAAUGUUAUGCUCCAGGGAUAUCUUCCUGCUCAUAUUGCUCUUGAAAUGUUGUAGUAACUUAAAAUGUGUUCGCCUUAUUGGCUUUCCAUCUUGUGAUAUAUGUAGAGGCUUCAUUUGCAUUAGUUGACUUGGAAGAUACUCGCAAAAAAACUAUGGCAAUGGCUGAAACCAUGGUUAUCCAGUUAACUGUUUUUUGUUGUGAGGAA